AUGGCGCGCCGGUACGAUUCGCGGACGACGACGUUCUCGCCCGAGGGGCGACUUUACCAGGUCGAGUACGCCCUGGAGGCCAUCAACAACGCCUCGUCGACUUUGGGCAUCCUCGCGAAGGACGGCGUUGUCUUGGCGGCUGAUAAAAUGAUCACCUCCAAGCUCCUUGACCAGGGCAGAACGAAGGAAAAGAUCUACAAGGUCGAUGAUCACGUGAUGUGCGCCGUCGCAGGACUGACUGCGGACGCGAACAUCCUCAUCAGCCAGGCGCGGCUCAUUGGCCAGCGCUACCUCUACGCGUACGACGAGCCGCAGCCGCUGGAGCAGCUCGUCCUGCAGAUCUGUGACGUCAAACAGUCCUACACGCAGUUCGGUGGCCUGCGUCCCUUCGGCGUCAGCUUCCUCUUUGCGGGUUGGGAUCGGCACCACGGUUUCCAGCUCUACCACACGGAUCCCUCGGGGAAUUAUUCAGGAUGGAAGGCGACGGCGAUUGGCGUGAACAACCAGUCCGCGCAGACGAUUCUGAAGCAGGAGUGGAAAGAGGACUUGGAUGUCGAUGGCGCGCUUCUGCUGGCUGCGAAGGUGUUGAACAAAACCAUGGACUCCGCAGCCCCGAGUGCAGACAAGCUCGAAAUCGCCAUCAUCAAGAAGGACCCGGCAGACGAGUCUCGCCUGAUUCAGCGCAUGCUGACCAACGAAGAAGUGACAGCCCUUAUCCAGAAAGCCCAGGAGCUCCAAGCUGAAGAGCAGCAAGCGUAG